AUGGUUUCUUUUCUCUUUUUCACUCUUUGCGUUUCUCAAGUUACUUCGUUUCGAUGGCCUCGUCGCUUUCGUUCCGUCCAAUCCAACAACAAGAAUCAUAAUAAUUCAGAUGAUGAAAACAACAACAAUCCGCUAUCAUCGCUCCAACUCGAUCCUCUCUUACAAGUCCCCUGCUCCCUCCAGUUGGUACCCAACACGGGCGACAACCAAGUACCGCGUCCUCAACAUGCCAUUGGCACCUUUUGCGACACGGGUGCCCAACGAACGUGUAUGAGUUGGGACUGUGUCCAGAGAUUGGGUCUAGCACAUCUCAUGGAUCAUCGAUAUGCGGGUCAAGCCACCGGUGUGGGGUUUUGUCGAGUCUUGGGACGGAUCCCUGCUCACACCGUAUUGUUGCAAUUUGCGAGUCAAUUGGAUGGACGACAAGUCACCAUCAUGGCACCGCCUAUUACAGUGCUGGAGAAAUCCACGCUCGACGAAGUCGAUCUGCUCUUGGGACUCGACUUUUUGCGAGAAACUCAAGCCGUCAUUGAUUUGAAGGAUGAAUUCUUGCAAUUGACCUGUGUUAUGGAAAUCACCAGCGAUGGUACCGGUACCAGGAAACGGGACAACAACAACAACAACCAGCCCAAAAUCAUCCGAAUACCCUUUAUACGACCGCGAAGCAGUCUCAGCAUGGGCGAUGAUGAUUCCGACGCAUACGCCAAAGCCAAAGAAUUUGUUGUUUCCGAAAUUCCGCGGUACCUGCAAAAGGAUGGUGAUAAUGAUGAAGAAACUGACUCGGAUUCAGAUCUACUGGAGGAUGGAACGAUGGAUAUGAGGGGCAUGUGA